UUGCUAAUAAAAAUUUAUUACUAACAAUGGCCAAAUUGAUGAAUUUGUUGAUGUUCAUCAUCAGCUUGAUUCCUUUGUUGCUGAGCCCUUGCCAAUGUUGUCCUCAAUAUCAGAAAGAAGCUAUCCUCCAAUUUAUAACUUCCAUAAUAGGAAACGCUACUACUUCCUCCGCUUCUACCUUCCUACCAUCGUGGAACUCCUCUGAUUGCUGUCAGUGGGAAGGAGUUGGCUGCGACUCGCAGCAGUUGAUCACCGAUCUUCAACUCGAUCAUAUUACUUAUUUCGUGGCAUCUGGAGCUAUUGUGACAUCUGAUGUUUUAACUCCACUUUUUCACUUGAAAACACUCACCUCUCUUGACAUUUCUAACAAUGAUAUACACGGUGAAAUCCCAGGAUUCGGAUUUGCCAAUCUGACGAACCUCGUCUCUCUUGAUAUGUCUGAAAAUCGUUUCAACGGAACAUUAAAUAUCGACUUUGAAGCGCUUUCAAAUUUGAGGGAGCUGUUGUUGGGUUAUAAUUUACUCCAAGGAAAUCCUGUAAAGCUGGGAAACCUCACAAGUUUGGAGAAACUUUCACUUCGAGACAAUAAGUUUUCUGGAGUAAUUCCAUCAUCGCUGUUCGGUUUGAAGGAAUUGGACUAUUUGAGUUUAAGCUUGAAUUCUUUUUCUAUGGAGAUACCCAUGGAGAUUGGUAAUUUGUCCAAGUUGUGGUUUCUUGAUCUGGCACAUAACAAUUUUCUGGGUAAGAUUCCUGCAUCAAUUAAAAAAAUGGAACAAUUAACAUAUCUUGAUUUAGGAAGUAAUCUUCUCUCCGGUGAUAUCCCGACAUGGCUGUUUGAUUUGGACAUGCUUGUACUGUUUCUUGGAGGAAACAGACUCUCUUUGGUAAACAAAAUUAUCCUACCAAAGGGUAGCAACUCGUUAACAAUAUUAUCUUUGAGAUCUUGCGAUCUUUCAGGCAAAGUACCCACUUGGAUUGCCAAUAUGACCCGUCUUUAUUUCUUGGACUUGAGUCAUAACAACCUCACAGGAAAUUUGCCUCAAUGGCUGGCUGAAAAACGCCUGUCUUACUUGAUUGUAACAGCUAAUCAGUUUUCAGGUCCUUUGCCUCCUCGAUUGUUUCAAUACGAGCAGUUCCAUGUUCUGGUGGCUUCGAAAAAUAAUUUCUUAGGAUCACUGCCGGACACUAUUGGUGAAGCCGUUCAAUUGGAAGUGCUGAUGCUGUCUGGCAACACUUUCUCUGGUACAAUUCCCAAAGCUAUCUCAACUUUGUCUGAACUGGAGUUACUGGACUUAUCAAGCAAUAAAUUUUCAAGCAAUGAUUUUCCAAUCUUUAAUCAAACUUCAACUUUGGCUUACAUUGAUCUUUCCUUCAAUAAUCUCUCCGGUGAAGUUCCUGUAACAUUUCCACUGAAUGUAAAACUGCUUCAAUUAAGCCGAAACCAUUUUUCCGGUGUCUUGCCUCAGAAUCUUUCAAAUUUCAGGCAGCUUCAAUACCUCGAUCUCCAUGACAAUAACAUCACCGGUGAAAUCCCCGAGUUUGUAUGUCUUCUCUCUUCUCUCCGAAUUUUGAAUCUUGGAAGUAAUUCUUUCAACGGAUCCAUUCCGAUGAAUCUGUCGAAUCUUAGUGCUCUGCAAAUUCUCGAUCUUUCUGGUAACAGCCUUACUGGGAAUAUUCCGAAUAGUUUAAGUGAUCUCACAGGGAUGACCGAUGAACAUGAUGCUUUUUCUUCAGAACCUUUCAUUAGUGAAUCAGAUUUCUAUUCAGUUCUCUUCAUCGAAUAUUAUAACUUGAAGGAUUUAGAAGUUUCCUGGAAGAACUCCAAAUUGGGUCUUCCAAGCCAAAAUCUUCAGCUGUAUACUUUUCUUGACCUAUCAAACAACCGAUUGUCAGGGGAAAUUCCAGAUAGUAUUAGCGGUUUGAAAGGCUUGAAGUCGCUGAAUAUAUCUACGAACAAACUCUCUGGAAACAUACCGAUGAAUUUUGGUGAUAUGAAAAGCUUGGAGAGCCUGGAUUUAUCCGGGAACGAGAUCUCCGGAGAAAUUCCUGAGACAUUGUCGAAGUUGUUGGAGCUUACUUACUUGGAUUUGAGCAACAAUAAAUUGAAUGGUCCAAUUCCAAGCGGUCCACAAAUGGACAGGAUUAACGAUCCAAACUCUUAUGCCAACAACACUGGACUGUGUGGUUUGCAGAUUGGGGUUCCUUGUGACAAGCCCUCGCCUGAACCAAAACCAACCGAAACAGAGAGUGAAGUUGAGAAAAGCAAGAAUUGGGAAACUUGGUUCUCAUGGAAAAUGGCAGUUAUUGGAUAUUCUUCUGGGCUCUUAUCAACAGUACUGGUUAUGUAUGUCUCUGGCUACUUCAAUGUCACACCUCGACGAGGCCGAAGACUCCAUGUUAGGCGUGUUUAAUUCUGUAUAUUCAGUAGUGUGUAAUCGAGUGAUUUGAAACAUUAUCAAAGUUUGAGCUCGAAUUGGUUCUAAAUUUAAAGCUCCAAACUGAACUAGAUAUGAGAUCUAUUGAAUUCAAGCUCGAUAAAAAGUUUGAGAAUUGACCUCGAUUCGGCUCAAUUAUCUGUAUAAAUAUAAAAAAGUUAAAUUUUAACAUAAAAACAAUAGUGAUAUUGUAGAUAUGUAUAAUUAUCGAGGAAUUAAAAUAAAUAAAUUAAGUUUGAUUAGGUUCA